AUGGACACAAAACUCAUUUUUGCGACUAUUUCAGUGAUGAUUACUCUUUGUCUGGGUGACUUGGCCAGUGACAUCAGUACUCACACUGUUGAGCUUGAAUUUUACCGUCUACAAGUUGCUGAUUGGGAAACACACGGCAUGCAGACAAAAGUAGCAGCUAUCCUUGCAAGCGGAGCCAACAAUUACUGCAGCGCCAACCCAAAUAUCUGUGGCUUUGUCACUUGUUGUGAUGGCACUGCAUUCAAAGAAAUAAAUAUUGGCAAAGAUGCGAAUGCUGCAGUAAAUGAGGAGAAGAACAUGCUCUUCAGCUUCCACAUCACCAUUCCAGAUGGAUCAUCGCUAGUUGUCAAUGAAACUUACGUCCUUACAUCAGCUGUUGUCAUCAGAAUUGUUGAGAAUGUGAGGAUAGAUGUCUUCAACUCUAUCGGUUACUACAUAACAUGGGCAGACGAGACCUACUUUGGCGUUCCUACGACCCGUACCGAAAACAUAAUCCUCACCAUUAUUGCCUUUCUUGUCCUCAUCAUCGUCAUUAUCAUCGCACUUUUCCUCCAUUUUUGGAACAAGAGGCGUGAACACAAUGAAAAGUUGAUGAAGAAGAUAGAGGAUAAGAAAGCAAAAAAGAACAAGAAGAAGGGUGAAGAGGAGGAAGGGAAGGCAGGAGAGGGAUCUGGGGAAGGGUAUAAAAUAGAAAAAGAGACUGGACCUAUCCCUGUACCCGACAAAUUGAAAUCAAUUUAUGGAGGUGAAAAAGAGGCAGGUGCCAGCAAGCUUCCUUCCUCAAAAGCCAAGGGAAUCGUUAGUGAUACUGAUUCGGCAAUCAAGAUGGAUGACCCAAAGUCAAAUGGUGACAUCGAGGAAUCAGCUGCUCGACGUCAAGCAGAAAAAAGUCAUGCACUACCUCCUCUGAAGACUUCAGAGGCAAGAAAGGAGGAUGAGGUAGAUGAGAAGAAGAAGAAAAGGAAGGCAAAGAGAAAGCACAGGAAGUCAAAGAGGACAGCCAAUGAAAAUGCAGGGUACCAACCACAGUCUGACGACGAGGUUACAGAUCUUUAG